ACAAGUGUUAGAACUUAUUCUGUACGUUCUUUAAUACAUUCAUUAGGAACUGCAAUGUCAGGUGGAGCCAACAAAGAUAAUGUCUAUUUAAUUGGAGGUACAUUACAAGAUCUUAAACUCCUUGGUCAAAUAGAUCGUAAUGAAACUCUUACGGAUCAAUCAUUAAUGCAAAAAGAGUUAAUUAAAACUUGGAAUGUAACUGAUAGAAAUAAAGAAUUAAAUAUUUUUAUUUACCACCCAACUACACAAACUUGGUUUAUUCCUGAUAUUAAUGGAGGACCACUAAUUAGGCGUAGAUCAUCCUCAACAGUAAUAAGUCAGGAUGGAAAGAUAUAUAUAUUUGGAGGAAGAGCCGAAAAUGAUACUGGCUCACCUGACCUUAUUUUAUUUAAUGAUACCUAUAUUUAUAAUACCAUUACGCCAGGAUGGAACAAAAUUAGUGCAAGUAAUGCUCCUUCUGCUCGAA